AUGCAAAAUAAUCGUGACCGAGUCACGUCUAGUCACAAAUGGCCCUGCUCUAUCGUCGCUUGGAUUCAUAGUCUGCCCGACCAGAACGACCGCCACCCCGAAGGGGUCAGGAAACGAAAGCUUGUGGCUGCUACAAGCUGCCACAACCAACAACUCGCCAGCCCUCCCGCUUCCCUAGAAAACGAUGGCAUGAGCAAAAUGGCAUCGACACCGAAAAAGAGACGCAUAGAAGGAUCCACUACUGGCGCAUUCGCCGAUCCAGAUGCGACACCUCGUCCAGGCACGCGCAGUAUUGCGAUUUCCUCUGGGUCAUUCUCCAGGUCGGCUUCCGAGACAAGUUCGGUAGCAUCGGGAACCCCUUCAGCCAAAACACAGAUGAUGAAAAUGCGACUCAGCGAAUCAGGCGUGGAAUGCAAAGCCCUCGAAGUUGAUGCAGCACCAGAUGCCGCUCAGAAGUUGGUCAGCACGAUGGAGGAGAUUGGGCGGGCACUUGACAUUCUCCCGCAUGCCCUGGAGGCUACGAUUAUUGAGAAGGUUAAGGCUCGGAACUUGGACCAUCGCAAGUGGAGACACUCUUUCAAGCCUGCCGAGGAACAAGAUGGACUGCCUGGUCGAAUACCAACGUUCGAAGAAGUGGAAAAUAUACACAGAAAAGCCAGCGAAUGUCAGGAAUUCAACCACGAAGAGGCAAGUUGGAAUAAUAAAGUCCACCUACGCCUUCUUGAGAGCAUAUUUGAGGAGGUUCUCGGUGGACAAUGUGACGGCUUCAAUGCUAUGAGCUGUACCACCGCCCGUCCGCAUCGGGAGUUCAAACCAGUCUCGUCCUCAAUCAAGAUGGUCGACAUGUGUGUAUAUGCUUCGGUCGAUCGAGAUGCGGAUCUAGUUGCAAGUGUGAUCAAGUUCAGCACCAUCACACCAACGCAGACUGUGAAUCACACCGACUUUGAAGCUAUCAGUACACGCCCCCUUCUGUUGAGUAUCGAGACUAAGAAGCCUGGCGUCCACUGGGACACGGCACAACUGCAGAUGGGUAUCUGGCAUGCUGCACAGUGGUCAUUUCUUCGAUGGGCCGUCGGCCAAAAGCUCCUAAGGCAACGAGCCGAGAACGGAAUGGGGACGCCUGAAACGGCCGAGGAACAGAAAGAGUUCAGAACGAACAGGCUUGCGGUUCUCUCCGCCCUCGGAGCCAUACCGGGCAUCAUAAUCCAGGGCCAUCGGUGGCAUUUGGUACUUUCGACCUAUGAGGAUGGGAAGACAAAGUUGUGGACGGAUCAUCAGUUCGGGACGACUCAGAGCUGUUUGGAAAUUUACGCUGUUGUGGCUGGCAUGCGACAGCUUACGGGCUGGGCGCGAGAUGUUUACAUGCCUUGGUUCAAAGCCAGCAUAUUGGAUUGA